UUACAGUAUUUCAAGUUUCGGCAUCGAUGGUCUUCGUAAAGAAAUCACACUGGGAACAUCGACUAUGAACGAUUACCGAUAGCUCACCUUAUCAAAUCAAAAACUUGCUCUAUAGACUGACAAUCAAGAAUCAUGAAGAAUCAGACAGUACAAAAAUCGGCACCGCCGACCACUACGAUGAAACGUUCCAACAAAAAAAGGACAAAACCAAAACCCAAUUUUGGGUUAUCCGCCGCUGUGAUGUUGCUUGUGGUUGCAGAUUUGGUUUAUUUUUUCAAGCUAUCAAGGGAAGCCCUUUUUGAUACUCCUCGCGACCUGAAUAACGCAGGACAUCACAGUCCAUACAACUUAUUUUCCAAUGGGAAUCACCUGUCGAAACUCGGCAAUCGUCUGGCAUCCAUACGGAAUACCAACACACAGGACAAGGACACCACCGAGAACGAAGCAAACGAGAACAAAGCUCCGACAACCAAAGAAAAUCUUAGUCGCAGGGCGCCUACGGCGGAGCAAUCUAAGUUGAUCGAAAUCGCGAAAAAGAGAGGCCUAACAAAUAUCGACGACAAAGGCCCGAUUCUAGAAAUUCUCACCCAGGCUGGGCUUGAUUUACACAAAGAAGGGGAUGUAGAUCAAGAAACAAUGGAUCAGCUACCCACUUGGACCCAAGUGGAACAGUUAUAUGGUCCAACACCAAAGAUCAUUGGUCUGGAGAGAUGCGGCGAAUUCCGGGAUUCCGUCGACCCUUCAACUCGAUUUCUCGCAAUGGCUGGAACCUUUAACACCGGCACGAAUUUAAUCCAUGCCGUGAUGAAACACAAUUGCCAAAUCACAGAACGAAUGGAAGUAUACGGCGCAAAAUCAAAAGGGAUUCGAUGGCAAGGUACGCAACAAAAGAUUUCAAAUGCAUGAAGUCGUGACAUUGCGCUCACUUUUGUUUGCUUUCCGCGUCAUAUUUUGUUUUGUAUGCAGUUCCCUGGGGAAAACACUGGAUGGCAAGAUACCGCGAUUCGGAACACUCGACAAAGACCGAUGCUGAUGUACCCCGCAGCAAUACCCUACCGCUUGUUUCAAUCCGUGACCCUUACACGUGGAUGCAAUCGAUGUGCAGGCAUGGCUAUGCAGCGAAAUGGCCCCACAUAAAAAGUCACUGCCCCGGCUUGAUAGCCACGGAGAAUGAUAUCAAUACAAUGCCCCGGCUCAGAAGACUAUACGGUCACAUUCACAACGAGGACGAAAACGUUGAAAAACUGAUUCCGGUGAACAUUGCGUACAACAAAAAUCUAACCCACUCUCACCUGUCUCUGGCGCAUUGGUACAGCGAAUGGUACAAAGACUAUCUCACAGCGGAUAUUCCCCGAAUCAUGGUACGGUUCGAAGAUUUAUUGUUUCACGGAGAGGAGGUUGCGAGAACGAUGUGUGAGUGCGGCGGAGGAGUUCCGGUCCCAGACAACGGACGAUCAGGAAAAUUCAUCCAUAUAUCGGAAAGUGCGAAAACAGGCCUGGCCGCGCACGGACCCCUGAAAGAUCGAACAAAUUUGGUGGGUGCCCUGAUCAAGUACGGCAGCGGCGCCCAUCGGAUCGAUUCUAUGACGCAAGCGGACCUGGAAGCGGCACGGCGGUAUUUGGAUCCCGAAAUGAUGGAAACAUUCGGGUACAAGCAUCCGCGGCUGCCAGACCAACAGCCAGAGGACGCGCAGGAAAUGUCAGCGAACGCAAUGGAAAAUGUGCCGACAGAGAGUGGUCGCUAUGACGACGACCAUUCUUAUACACCGGGGAAAUGAUCUAUCGUAGAUGUAUAUUGUACUAGUAUGGCUGCUAACGAUAGUGUUGAUGAAUGAUUAUUUUUCGCAACUUUUGUAGCGAUGUUGAGUUGCUAGCGGUAGUAGCAAUAUUUCUUGUCGCUUAGUGGUCUGUUUUUGUUACAGCGGCGGACCGCUAACUCAACCUCACUAUUUUAUGAUGCACCAAGCAUUUUCUUGUUCUUGAAGAACAAUAAGAUGCUUGGUGACUC